AAGGUCGAGAUCGACUCCUUCUCCGGCUACCGUAUCUACCCCUCGAAGGGUCGUCUCUUCGUCCGCGGGGACAACAAGAUCUUCCGCUUCUCCACCUCCAAGAAUGAGUCGCUCUUCCUCCAACGCAAGAACCCUCGUAAGAUCGCCUGGACGCAGGUGUACCGCCGCAUGCACAAGAAGGGUAUCACGGAGGAAGUCGCCAAGAAGCGCUCCCGCAAGACCGUGAAGCAUCAGCGCGGUAUCGUCGGUGCCGACCUCGCCACCAUCGCCGCGCGGAGGUCCCAGACCGCGGCUAUCCGUACCCAGCAAAGGACAGCGGCCAUCCAGAAGGCGAAGGCCGAGAAGAAGGCCAAGGAGGACAAGAAGGAGAAGGCUGCGAAGCCCGCGCGUGCACCUACCGCUCAGCCCCGCGUAUCGAAGCAGGGCAUGAAGGGUGGCAAGGGCGGUCGCUAA